AUGGAGAAAACUUCCAUUAAAAGUAGCACUAUUGGUUCAAGAUGUACAAUUAAUUCAAAAACUAGAAUAACUGAUUGUAUUUUAAUGAAUGGUGUUACCAUUGAAGAGAGAUGUGUACUUCAAAAUUGUAUAGUAUGUCAUGAUGCUGUAAUCAGUGCUGGCUGUGAACUUAAAGACUGUUUGAUAAGCGGUAGUUUUAAGGUCCCAUCUGGAGAAAAACAUUAUAAUGAAGUACUCACGGCUAUGGACAGGCUGAUGGAAAUUUGA